UAAUUGCAGCAGUCCUAGUUCCAAGUAGAGCUUCAAUGAGCAUCAAUAGGAAAUGGGAGUGAAACAGAAAUGUUUUAGAGCUAAGAAUGCACUAAAAGCAGCAAAUAAACAGAAUAAUAUUCUGUUUUGGUAUUUUCUCACCCUUGUAUUGUUUCUACUGUUUCUCUCUUUCAGAUCCAGACCAGGUCUGAGAGCUUCAGACUCUUUGAAACCUCAUUGGAGAGAGACUUGAGAUCUCAAACAUCUAUUGGUUAGUAGUUUCUAUGUUAGUAGUUUCUAUGUUUCUAGUUUCUAUGUUCUGGAACACCAGGGGUGACGGGUCACUCAGUCCAGUUCUCAUAUACAAUCAACAACAGAAACGGACUCACCUUUGAUGCUGGUCGUACACCUGAGAUUCUAUUGAACGAUUUAAAAAGUUAUCCUGCUCCUUUCUGUACAUUUUUUCCACAUGUAAAAACUCAAUCACACUUUCAGUGAUUUCAGCAUUCUUGGUAUAACAACGUUCAGGAUAUUACUGCUUGUACUUUUAGUAUUCAUAAACUUAAACGUUUUUGAAAUAUUAAGCAAAAUAUGCCUCAUAGGAAAUGAAUAAGAAAUUGCUCAAAACCUUCAAAAACUGCAUUUUGAAAUUCGUGAACUUCCACACAUACUUUUAGCUAGACACCAAUCACACCGUAAAAUGUUCAGGAUCCAAUGAGAUUUUAGGCUAACUUGGCACGCUACCUGUUUUUGGCUAAUUUAGAUGUUUCCAGUUUUUUGGCUAAUUUUGAGUUUAGCUAACAAUUUAGCAUUAUGCUAGCUUAUUUUGGAUAAUUUUGACAUGUUUCCAGUAUUUUGGACAAGUUGAAGCUUACCACACGGUAUCGUCCACGCUAAAUCAUCAUGUCGGAUAAUUUAGUUCUGGGUGGUGAAGUCCGAGAAGGCUUCAUCCUUCUGGGUAAAAAGGGAGUUUAUAAGGUGGAGAAGUUCAUCGGCGAAGGAUCGUUUGGUAGAGUUGCCAAAUGUAAGAAACUGGGAACUGACAAAGUUGUAGCAAUCAAAAUCGUUUCUGGCUCAGCCCAAACGGAAAUCAACUUCCUGAAGGAGCUCAGCAAGAUCAACGCCGACAAGCACAACUUAGUGAAGAUGGUGGACUGCUUUCACUACAAAAGCUACACCUGCAUC